AUGCGUCGAAUUCUUACGGCCUUAUUGGCUUCAGCUUCAGUAGCUCUAGCAAGUCAAAAUGCCUUCAGCGUGCACGAUGACUUGCUUGCAUUUCCUCAGUAUGAGGUGAUCUUUUCCAAUUCCCUCAUCUCAGAGACAGAUGCGAAUCAUAUUCUCGACCAUGCCUCCUCAGCAACCCAAGGCCCUCGAAACUCCAACACAAAGAGUAUAGAAUCCAACAGUCGCAUCGCCGACUCGGACACUGGCCACGUCUUCGACCCGACACAUGAAACCUACGAACUUAUGCACCUGGAUGGCGAACCAUACAUUUGCGCUAUUCCCAUCGUUGACCCACCGAUUAAGAAUGAGACUUCAGAGGCCGAAGCACGGGCUGCAGAGCAAAAAGAGCUUGCCCGUGCCACUGACCGCGGUUGGGAGCUACUGCAAGAUCUGGAAGGCAAUUGCCUCUAUUACGUGUCCGGCUGGUGGUCGUAUUCGUUCUGUUACAAUGCCGAAAUCGUUCAGUUCCAUCAACUUCCUCCACAGCCCGGAAAACCUUUGAUACCGCCCCAGAGAGAUCUUACAACUAAACAAUAUGUCUUGGGAAGGGCUAGGCCGAGUCAGAGCAACGAAGAUGAGUGGGGGAAUCAGGUUGAUGUGCGUAAAGGGAAGAAAAACGACGAUCCACCAAAAACAGAAUUACAGAUUAAAGGGGACACGAGAUAUUUGGUGCAGAAGAUGGAAGGAGGCACCACUUGCGAUCUUACGGGGAAGCCGAGACGUGUCGAGGUGCAAUAUCAUUGCAACCCUCAUGUCACAGAUCGAAUCGGAUAUAUCAAAGAAGUAACGACAUGCUCGUACCUAAUGGUUAUUUACACACCUCGCCUCUGCAACGAUGUCGCUUUCAUGCCACCGAAAGAGACCAAAGCCAACCAGAUUCUCUGCCAAAACAUCGUCCCCGACGAUGAACUAGCCGAUCGCACCGAGCUCCAGAUCUUAGAAGCAGAACUCGAUAGCGCGAUCGCCAAAGCUGAGAAGCCCAUCAACAUCGGCGGACUGGUCCUCGGUGCUGGCAAAUGGGCUGGAAAGGAAGGGCAGCGAAUGCCAAUCCCAGCUAACUUCGGACAAGAGCCUCUAGGGCGUUCAGUUGAGAUUAUUGCCCAGGCGAAGAGCAAGGCAGAUGGUGGACAGAUCGAAGUGGUGUCUGAUUCAGAUUUGGAGAAGCUGGACCUUGAUCCUGAUAUGGUGGAUGAUUUGAAGCAGGAGGUUCAGAAAAUGGCGAAGGAUCGGGGAUGGAAAAUCGAGGUCAUCGAUGCUCCGGGGCAGGUUAGGGAGAUAUUGGGGAUCGUGGAUACAGAGGACGAGGAAGAUGAGGGUGGGGCAAGUGAAGAGAAUGAAGGGAGUCAGGAGAUCUAUAAGGAUGAAUUAUGA